GAAACAAAAGCCUGAAUCGAUUUGACAUGAAGCAGGUGUCACGCCCUAGAACCCAAAUCUGAGAACGUGGCAAACGCCAUGCACUCGUGAACGGGUCCCACAAAUGCACAAGACUCGGAACUUAUCCAAUUCAUGUCUGACAAUCCAAUAACUUAGAUCGAAUAUUUCAAAAUUAAUUCUAUGUCCCACAUGACUGAAACUCAAAAUCUCAAGGUCAAAUCUUGUGUAAACUAACAAUCCAUUAAAUGAAUGUAUAAAAUCUCCGAUUAACUUUAGUUUACAAAAUCAUGAUCUAUAUCUCAAAUCUAUAUUCACUUUACAAAAUGGCUAGCCUUCUAACUCGUCACUCCCUAGGUUUCCCGUCCUUAGUUUCGCUUCCUGAAAUGGUGGACAAGGAAAAUUAUGAGAUGACUCAGUAAGUAAAUAUGGAUAGCCCUUGGGUAAAACUUUUAGCAUGCCUGAUAAACAGUUUCAUAUAACAAAGCGCUCAAUGACAAAAUCAGAUUCAGUUCAAUUGCAAAGCAUUCAAUGACAAACCGUCAAUGCAAAAUCAAAUUUAGUUCAAUAACAAAACGUUUCCUGACAGACCGUUAAUGCAGAAGAAAACUCAGUUCAGUAGUCUCAUCUAUAAGUCAUGGCCAGUGUUUAACACCCACUGGCAGGCGUCGAAAUUUACCAAUGUGUUCGCCCAUUGGCAGGCGUCGGAAUUUGCCAAUGUAUUCGCCCAGUGGUAGGGGUUAGAAUAAACCGGUCAUAUCAGUAAACAUGUCGACAUGUG